AUGGCUCCUCGAAGACAACCGCGUGCAUCUUUCGAACCCAUCUCACCGAAUCUCGAUCUUGCCGCCUUAGUUGAGUCCACUCCAAAUUUUGAAUACGUCGUCAGGAUUCACUGCGAUGCUAUCGAUGAGCAGGGGAUUGAAGAUUUUGAGAAGUUGGUUCAACUACAUGUUAUUAUGGGCGGUAAACCGUUAGUGGUCGAGGGAUACCAGGAACGGUUAGAAAAAUGGACAUUCUCGUCACAAUGGCUAAAGGACAAUCAUGGGAAGAAGACGGAAAACGCGAGGAAUAUUACCGUCAAAUCAAACCUCCCUUUAACUAUCGGCCAUUACUUGAAGAACAUGCCGUUGCUGACGGAUCAGUGGACCGACACGAAUUAUAAAGAUAUGGAUAGACAGCGUAUUUAUCUUAAAGACAUCGAUUGCCCCCCCGUGUGGCACGAGAAGUUAGGAAGUCUACUUCCUCCGUUCUUGUUUUACUUGAAUCACUCGACUGCCGGUUCUAACGGCAGUAUUGCGAGGUCUGGGGACUUAAUGAGCUGUCUUCCGCCAGAAAUGAGAGCAGAAAAUUUAAUGUGUUAUAUCGGACACGAAGGGACGUAUACUCCGUCUCAUCGAGAAAUGUGUGCAACACUGGGGCACAACAUAAUGGUUGAAACAUCUUCAGGCCUUGUUGAGGAUGGAAACAUCACAAAACCAGGCUCGUCCAUCUGGUUCAUGACAGAAACCAAAGAUAGGCACCUGGUCUCGGAGUAUUGGCUUUCCCGACUCGGACACGAUAUUGAGAUCGAGGACCAUUUCGCACAGAUAAAUGCCUGGAAGCUAGCACCAUUUAAAACAUACGUGGUUGAGCAAAAAGUUGGCGAUUUUAUUCUCAUUCCCCCGCUGGCACCUCAUCAAGUAUGGAAUAGAGGUACGAGAACCAUGAAAGUAGCGUGGAAUAGAACUACCGUGGAAACUUUAGAAAUGGCCAUCAAUGAAGCCCUCCCGAAAGCCAGAAUGGUUUGUCGAGAUGAACAAUACAAGAAUAAAGCUAUCAUAUAUUACACGUUAAUGCUGUACUCUGACCGUUUGCGAGGGGCAGAUCCACGUGGUAACCCUAAAGUACGGCAAUUGCAAAAGGAUUUCCGACGCCUCUUCUCUCUAUACACAGAGAUCUUGCUCUCAGAAACCUUUUCUAGGGAUCUUCCAGAGCCGCAAAAUGUCGAGUGCAUUGAAUUCAGCAGUAAUGUCAUAUGUUCAUAUUGCAGAUGCAACAUUUUCAACCGGUUCCUAACGUGUACUUCUUGUAUUGGAAAGCUUACAGAUGGAGAUGAUGAUAAUUACGAUAUCUGCCUGGAAUGUUACUCGAUUGGUAGAAGCUGUGCAUGUAUCUCGAGACUUAAAUGGGUCGAGCAGUUUCGAUGGAAGGAUCUGACUAAACAGCAUGAGAUUUGGCGAAAUCAAAUAUUACAAUUUCGAAGUCGCACAUCGACCAUUGGCGAAUCUUUGGAACCCCUUUCAGUAGAGACGGGCCGCCUUGAGAAGAAAUCCCUGGCUGAGAUUUGCCAAGAGGAACUGAAGAGACGGCCAUGGAACGACAUCACAAAACCAGAUAUCCGUGAGGAACAUAACGAAGUAAUUGAAGUUAAUGACGAUGGCCAAGUCAGAAAACGUCGUAGGAUUCGCCGCUCUGAAAAAUUCCGGAAACAACACGGCAGUUGCCAUAUUUGCAAGACUCCCGAGCCCAAAUGGAAGCUGGCUACAUGCAGCUCCUGUGCCGUGAGCUACUGCUAUGGUAGUCUUUAUAGGGCAUUUGAUAUAUCGCCGCGCGAGACUUUGGAGCAAUUGAAUUGGAGCUGUCCAAAAUGUCGAAAGAUUUGUUCCUGCGGAGCCUGUCGCCGUGACCCGACAAUGAAGCCCUAUGAGCCCACUGGAACCUCACUCGGCCACGACACAAGGAAAGUGGCUGAUCCUAGAAGCGUCGAAAGUCUUGUCGAUUUUAGCCAGUCAAAUAUUAAUUGGAUUAUUAAGGCGGGUGACCACGGUGAGCAUCUUACAGAGACACGUAGGCUGAAGAAGCGGCUCGAAGAGGCAGAGAAGGCGAAGGAGCUUGAUCCAGUUCUUGAUGAUCAUGACAUCUAUCAUGACGAAGCUGAUGGAUCAGCCCCUCCUAUCGGUGAUACCACUGGUAUUGAUCCGUUGCUCAUGAUUAAUAACAGGAACAAUCCUUCAGAAACACAGGACGACGGGGACAUUGCCAUUGACCCGACAUUAGGGACUGCUACAGUUAGCUCGACUAAAUUUGUCAUUCCAAGCAACGCGGUUUUUAGAGAGGACAUGACAAACCGUUACGAGGUUACAGAAGGUAUCACUUUUGAAUAUUCUGACCCAGAAGCUUCUGUUUCGGCCUUGCAGAACAUGGCUGGAGACGCCCUAGCUCAUCAUAAUACCCAUAUCGUUUCUGUACGACAACAUCAAAUUGGAAAUAGCACCUCUGCGUUUGGCCUUGACGGGAUUUCGGAGAACACUACCAUUAUACAGUCUGAUCUAGGCGGUAGGUCCUCCAGAGCCGCCGCAGUGAGGAAUAAAUUGCGAUCGAAAGAAGACGAAGAGUUCCAGCCUGACGCUAUUUCUAUCCAUAAUCUUCGCACGGAGAGAGGUAGGAUCGUGCCGAAAAGAAAAGCCCCUAAGGUCCGGUACACAGAAGACCCUUUUGUUCCCAGUGACCAAGAAGAAAUGGGACCCAGGUCACAGAUAGAAGCCACGAGAGCGAAGCAAAUUUAUGAGCAACAAAUUGUACAAGAUACUGGUACUCCAGUUACAAACAACCAAUCUCCACACUCUACUGCCGUCGAUGUCGAAACUCGCAGCAUCCAGUCGAAUCCUAUAUACGGCGAACAAGCUUUUGAACUAAGCGAGUCCCCUUCCACGGCUUCCCCAUCAUCGGAGUCAAUGAUCGUGGUUGAGUCGAAGCCUAUGACAGAGAACGAAAAGAAUCGAAGGGCGAAAAUAAUGGCCAUGCAGUGGGCGGAGGGAGAGGCAGCGGACAUUGACAGUGAAGCGUGGGCGUGA